GCCUGGUUGAUCUCGGGGUGCUCUGGCUGAUCUCCUCACCCUUCGUCCGUCGGCGAUACGGUAGCCCAGAGUACGUGGCGAGCGGUAUGGGAGGUGAAGUCAUUGCGAGAGGCCUGGGAGUGGGUGACGGCGCCAGAUAAAAUCAGUGGGUUCAUGGGCGGUAUCGCGAUUUGGUUCUGGCCAUCGUCGUCCUGCAACUCGGCUUGAGAUCCUUAGCUUGCUUGAAUCAUGUCUCUCGGUCGUACUUUGACUCUUAACGAUGGGCGUACGCUGCCCUUGAUCGGAUUGGGCACCUGGCUGAGUGCCCCGGGCGAGGUCAAGGCCGCGGUCGAGCAUGCGCUGAAGGUCGGCUACCGCCACAUCGACGCGGCGCUCAUCUACGAGAACCAGGAAGAGGUCGGCGCGGCCCUAAAGACGUCACCUGUUCCUCGGGAGCAGCUCUGGAUCACGUCGAAAUUGUGGAACAACUCGCACCGGCCUGAGCUCGUUGAGAAGGACUUGGACUUGACGCUGAAGCAGCUUGGACUCGACUACCUGGACCUGUACUUGAUCCACUGGCCCGUCCCCUUCCCUCCGGGCGAGACGCUAUCCACCAAGAAAGCCGACGGCACGCAGAUGAUUAUUGACACCGACGCCCCGAGCAUUGUUGAGACCUGGAAAGCCAUGAUCGAGGUGCAGAAGACCGGCAAGGCGAAGAGCAUCGGCGUGUCGAACUUUACGGUCGAACACCUGGAGAAAAUUAUCAAGGCGACGGGCGUGGUGCCGGCGAUGAACCAGAUUGAGGCGCACCCGGCGCUGCAGCAGACGGAGCUGGAGAAGUACUGCGAGGAGAAGGGAAUCAAAUUGACGGCGUACAGCCCGCUGGGGAACAACAUCUCGGGCAAGGCGCGCAUCAUCGACUCGCCCCUGGUGCAGGAGCUGGCGACGAAGCAGGGCCGUGACCCGGCACAGAUCCUGAUCGCAUGGUGCGCGCACAAGGGCAUGUCCGUCAUCCCGAAGUCGGUCACCCCAAGCCGCAUCGAGUCCAACUUCAGGGACACUACGCUCACCGAAGAAGAGUUCCAGGCGAUUUCGCAAGUUGGGCUGAAGGAGCCGAUUCGGUACAACGUGCCGUUUAACUACAAGGUCAAGUGGGACAUCAACAUCUUUGAUACGGAGGAUGAGAAAAAAGCUACGCACAAGGUGUGGUAAGCGCUUCAGAGUGAUCCAAUAUAAACCAAUUUUGUACAACGUAAACAAAGAACUACAUAUCUUGAAGCCUUGGACUGUCCAAGGUGCUCUGUAU